AUGGCCGACGACGACGAAAUUGACAUUCUUGGUGAUUUUUCAUUUAAUUCUUGUUUUGCUCAAAACAAUCAGGGAAUUCCUUCUUGCUCCAACAGAGAAGACACCGUGCAUCCUCAAUGGCUCCUGGAUUCUCCUGCGACAAAUUGGUAUGAUACACAGAAUAAAGAUAAAAGUUAUAGGUCCAAAGAUGGCCCGUCAAGGAAGCUAUCAGGAACAAAAGCAAAUCAUCAGCAUACAACCGUACAUACAUCCUGGACUCAGAAGGAAAGAGAUUUGCUGACACAGGAAAUGGCUAAAUACGGAAGAAAUGUGAAUAAAAUAUCCAAAACACUAAAAACAAAAAGCGAAUUAGAGAUUCAAGCUCUCAUAGAAGCAGAGCACGGCAUUCUGUUAGAGACGGAGAAUAUUAAAACACAUGAAGUUAAACCCGACAACAUACCCACAGUAGAGCAGGAGGAAAUAGUAUCUAACUGUGUUAAUAUGAAUCAUGUAGUUAAUAACAAUAGAAAAGAAUGCCAAACAGUACCUAUCCCUAGAAAAUCUUCAAAAAUGAAGAAAUCACACAAAAAUAACAAAGAAAUCGACAAGACUAUUGAAACAAACCCAAUUAUCGGCUCUGAAAUAUUCUACGAUGAUGAUUUAAUAAUAGGAUCGACCGAGUCCAUCGGUUCAGAGUUAGAUGUUACAGACGUUGUAGCAAAGAGUCUUGCCAAGCAGCAAAGAGAGAAAAUUAAAGUUUUACGGAAAAAUGGAAACCACAGAAGAAAAGUUUCCAGAAACUUAGAUAGAAAUAAUAGCAAGGAUUUUCUUAAAUCACCGCACAGAAGAAAAAAGGAUUCUAGCUUGUCAGAUGAUAGUGUGAAAAGUCCAAAAAUGCAAAUUGUUUUAGGCUCGGGGCUGGCUCUACCGGUAUCAGAGGGUGAAGAAGUGAUAAAAAUAGAAAAGAAGCCCGACUUAGAUGGUGAAAGUGAUAUAGAAGUGGAUGUAGGAAGUGAUUCUGAUAAAGAAAUAUAUGUACCAAAAACAAAAACAUCCAAAGAUGUAGUUCAUGAAGAACCGGUUGCUGUGCCGUUGAGGAAAUUUGAACCCAUGCCCAAAAGAAAUCGGAAGAUUAACUUGGAUGGUGGUGGUGGUUACACAAUAAUGCACACAGAGUCUGGUGACAUGUAUGAGAUAGGACAAGAGCCUCGGAAAGAGAGACAGCAGAGGAAACAACCCGUUCAGCUUAUACCAUUACAUGUUUACAACUCUGAGAAACCGGCGCCGUGUGUGGUUCACAUGUUCGUGUCGGUGUUGGUCAGUAUGGACGUGCAGGCUCACUGCAGCCGGGCGGAGGUAAUGGGGCUGGCUGGAGGCAGCUGGCAGCCCUGCCAGAGGACACUCACACUACAACACUACAGGACUGUGAGGGCCGCCGCCGCUCACACGCACUGCGACAUGGAUCCCGUGUCUCAAUCAUCAUCAGCUGAGUCUCUCCGUUCUCUAGGUGUGAGUGUGUGUGGUUGGCAUCACUCGCACCCACAGUUCCCUCCCUCCCCGUCUGUGAGGGACCUCGUGAGUCAACGCUCGCUGCAGAGCCUCGCCUGGGGCCUGCCGUGUGUGGCGCUAGUCACUUCACAGCAUUGGCCGCCCGGACGGAGAGCCUCGCAGCUCAAAUGUUUCCGUGUAGAAGAAGACGACAGCCAAGCCAGUCCCGAAGUCCCCGUGGGUUAUCAGCUCAAUGUUAAGUUGGAGCGAGACCUGGGGCGGAGCACCCUCUCCCCGUACCUGCAGGAGCUGCGGGCCCUCGUACAUGACACGCUCACACACGGGCAGCUGGCUGUAGACGUGGCGAGGGACGUGUGUCCGCAGGCCGGGCUCACUUAUAUGGAGAAGGUUGGACCUUGGGGCUUGGACCCUUAUACAGGGUGCACUCGUCUCGCUGGCUACUCCGUGGACCGGCGACAAGCGACAACACGUCUUAUAUACAGCGGAAUAAGUACUUUAAUGGAACGACCUCGCCCCGCGCGCCCGCUCACACAGGGGCCGCGCGGGGCGAGGCGGGACUAG